UUGUGCAAAUACAUCAACCAAAGACGCCCGCAUCAAGUUUCCCUCCGCGAGAGGCAGUCUGACAUCAGCGGGCGCAGGGGCCACACCGACCGGAGAGGGACCGACGAAACGCCUCGCGCACACACCAGUACAAUACGGGAGACCGGCGAAGUUUGCCACGCAGCUAUGGAGCGGACGGUACCGGGACGCGGGUGGCUCGUGCGCACCUUGCUGUUCCUUUCGCUGGAAGUGUGUCUGGCUACAGUGAAAGUGAGCGUGACCCCUCAGGUGGACGUGGUUAAAGGACAAACCGCACGUCUGCCCUGCACAUACACCACCUCGGAGAAGGCCCCCAUCACUGUGGUGGAGUGGUACAUAGAGAAUGCCAGUGGAAGACAACGUGUGGCCUUCAGGUCCCCCACAGACUCGGUUCAGGACACAAACACUCCACUGUCGGGCCGUGUCAGCAUGGACAAUGACAUGACCCUCGUCAUCUCCAACAGCAACCCGGCUGACCAGAGGAGCUUCAUCUGCUCGGUGAUUGGAGGGGCCGUGGGCACCUCGGAGGCCGAGACCACGCUCAGGGUCUUCCAUGCCCCAGAAACACCCACGGUAUCUGGCAACAACCAGCCCAUAUCUAUAAGUGGCACGUCACCCUCUGAGGUGGGCACAUGCACCAGCAGAAACGGCCACCCCGAGCCUCGUAUAAUCUGGUUUAAGGACUCCACCCCUCUGCCCGAGGUGAAGGACCCCAAAGAGAAUAUGUACAUGGUCCCCAGGGUGGUGAAGGAGUCCUCUGGCCUCUUCUCGGUCACCAGUACUCUGUACAUGCAUCUACAGAAGGGUGAUGCCAAGGCUGUGUUCCACUGCACUGUGGAGUACACCAUGCCCCAGGCGCAGAUCAAACAGCAGAGCUCCAACAACUUCACCCUCACACUGCUCUACCCGGCUGAGAAUGUGUUCUUCACGCUGCUGAACGACAGUCCGCUCAAGGAGGGCGACGACGUGCAGCUCAAAUGCUCCACAGACGGGAACCCACAGCCCCAGUUCGAGAUCACCAAGGACGGGAAUCCAUUAAAAGAUGAUUCAGGCUUGCUUACCCUGGAGAAGGUCCGGCGUGAGAACAAUGGCACCUACUUCUGCUUGGCUAUGGACUUUGAUGCCACAGAAGAACUGUCCGCGUCACUCGUUGUGAACAUCCACCAAGAGGCCGUAGAACUGCAGUGCAAGCCCACGUCCUCUGACAUGUUCACCCUGCAGUGGAUGAAGGAUGGUAAGGUACUGUCGUCCAAAGGCGCACUGGCACUGUCGGCUGUGACCCUGGAUGAUGCUGGGGUGUAUGUGUGUGUCGCAUCUGUUCUCUCAGUGCCAGGACUGCAAAACAAGGCCAAUGUUACAGUCAUCAUCUCAGGUAAGCCUGAGAUUGAUGAGCCGAUGAAAGCGGAAGUUGGGAAGCAGGGAGACAUGGUCACUAUGAAGUGCUCUGCACAAGGUCAUCCUUCUCCACAGUUCACCUGGAAACCAUCUGGCAAAGAGUCUUUGGAGAUCAAAGGAAAUAACUACAUCAGCACUGUAAUGCUGGAGGCCACGGAGGUCAUCCUCAGAGACGGUGUCACUUGUGAGGCAACCAACAAGCACGGCACAGAAAGUAGAAAGAUCCAACUUGAGGUCAAAUCAGACAACACGAUUGGCGCAAACAACGGGGCAGGACGAGCCCACGCCCAGCAGGGCGGCUCCAGCGGGGUGGUCAUCGCCGUGGUGGUGUGUGUGCUGCUCUUACUCCUGCUCGUCGCCACGCUCUACUUCCUGGGCAAGAAAGGCAAGAUGGCGUGCAGCAAGAAGAACAAGAAGGACGCGGAAUCCGGGGAGAUGAAACAGGACACCUUGAUGAAUAAGAAACCCGGCGAAGACGAUGGCGUGGAGGAACGUCUCAACAAGUCAGGAGAUUAGAGAUAAUUAGAGAGAAGACUACGGAUGAAGAGGCACUCUGAAGUGUGGGAGGCGCAAAUCUCCUUCUGAGAGGCACGAGGAGACGAACUUUAGCUGUAAAUGUAGUUUUCGGGGUGGACGGGGAA